CGUUUGGUACAGUUCAGUUUACCCACCGCUCAACAGAUCCGAACAGGGUUAUACUCAGUUCCCCGCGCGUAAGAACCACGCAUCGAAAUGUCACAACUCAUGAGCCGGUAACCACCCUACACACUCCACAGUGAUAACCGGUAACCGGUAACCUGAUUUUCUCACAUUCGAGGUCUUCCCCGAAAUUGAAACCGAAAUACUCCACCAACUCGUCUCAGCACAAUGACCAGCUGUUGAGGCAAUGAAUCCGUCCAUCAGUUCCUCAAUCUCGUCGCAAUCGUCCUCCUCUUCUCCCGCCACCUCCUGGUUAUCCGGAAUCGUUGGUUUCCGCCGUACGCCGUCCAUUUUGAAUAUGUCAGGCAACUCCACCGUUGCCGUCUCCGCUUCUGCAGACGUCACCGGCCCCAUCGUCCACAAAAAUCAACUCCGAGGCGCUCUUUUCAAAUACGGUCCUAAUCCUAUUCAGGUUGCCUUCAAAAGUGGCGAAUUCAAACGACAAGUUAUUUUUAUUGGUGGAUUAACUGAUGGAUUUCUUGCUACCGCAUAUUUAGAACCUCUGGCAAUUGCGCUGGACCGCGAGAAUUGGUCGCUAGUUCAAUUUCUAAUGUCAUCUUCUUAUAGUGGAUAUGGCACUUCCAGCUUGCAACAAGAUGCUAAGGAUCUGGAUCAGCUUAUUAAUUAUUUAAUUAACAAAGAAGAUUCCGAAGGUGUAGCAUUACUUGGGCAUAGUACUGGUUGUCAGGACAUUGUGAACUAUAUGCGCACAAAUUUUGCUUGCUCCCGGGCUGUUCGUGCUGCCAUCUUGCAGGCUCCAGUCAGUGAUAGGGAAUAUCAAUCUACACUCCCUCAGACAGCUGCUAUGAUUGACUUGGCUGCCAAAAUGAUAAGUGAAGGCAGAGGUUCAGAGAUAAUGCCAAGGGAAGCAGAUCCUACUGCCCCAAUUACUGCAUAUAGGUAUCACUCCCUUUGUGCAUACAAUGGCGAUGAUGACUUGUUCAGCUCUGACUUGAGUGACGAUCAAUUGAAAACGAGACUUGGGCACAUGUCUAGCACACAUUGUCAGGUUAUAUUUUCAAUGGCUGACGAGUAUGUGCCCGAUUAUGUUGAUAAGAAAGCACUAGUUGAGCGAUUAUGUAGAGCAAUGGGAGGUGCGGAAAAAGUUGAGAUUGAAUAUGGAAACCACUCCCUUUCUAACCGAGUUGAAGAAGCUGUCGCUGUUAUUAUUGACUUCUUGAAAAGAGAGGGACCUAAGGGCUGGGAUGACCCGUGGAAUUAAUUUAGAUGCUAUCAAGUUUCUUCUUUUUUUUUGUUGAUGUUUCCUUUUAGUCAAUAUUUUCAAUCUUUCAUUUUUAUCUCGUUUUUUUUUUCAUUGGUUAGGCUGUUAUUGCAGCCUUAUUUUUUGUUAAUAUAAUAAUAGAUGGUAGUAUACAUGGUGGCAUUAAGGAGAAAAUUGUAUAUUUAUUUGAAUUAAUUAAUAUCAUGAUUGUAGCA